AUGAGCCCAAGCAAACGUGUUGGUGGUGCGGCUAAACCAGCUGCACAUACCGUGGUGGUCGACGACCAUCACCUGGAAGAAAAGUCGGCAGCGCCUUCGGAGGCGAUCGAGAAGAUGCUAGCCAUGCUAGGAUACCUGUCCGAAAGGAUGAACCGGAUGGAGGUCUCCCAGAGAGAGCAAGGCGGCAAGAACUGGCAGGGCUCACCCGAGUCGAGUAUGGCCAGUCGGCAACAGGAGGUCGGGGCAGGGAUUAAUCUCCAGACUUUGGACCGUACCCCUCCUAAGGAAUCCCCAAACGUGUCACCAGCAACCUAUUUCGGCAUUCGGCGACAACAACAGGCAGGUGUUGAAGGUCCUCACGCGAGAAAAGCAGAGGAAGGAGUCAACAUGGGUCAGGCACCCGUCCCUGGGAUAUACCGGGCAGGUUUACCUGAAGGACGCUACCCCGGUAUGGGUAUGCCUAACGGGGUGUGUGUUUACCCUGGGCAGCCGGGAGUCGGCAUGCCGGACGCGCAACAGCGGAAGCUGGCAUUGCAACCUUUCGACGGAAAGGAGCUCUACCACGGCCUUGGCUGUGGAUUCAUGGAGUGGGGCAAAGAAUUUGUCAGACAAGUCGGGUUUGCUGAGCGAGCGUGUGGUUUCGUGUGGCCAGAGGACAUCAAGGUUGAUGUUCUAGAGACUACUGCAGACCUUCACGACGAAGAUCUCGCCAGCACAAAGCAUGAAGUUGUUCACAGCACCCAAGGCAUCCCAUCGAAACUGGACAGACCAUUUCUGUACUUGACGGCCGUCAGUGACGCCUGUGGAGGUGCAGACAACCUUGUGCUGGACAACAUCGUCCAUUAUGCUGACCCACACAUGCGAACGACGAUGUUGUCCAGAUUGGACAUUCACGGCACCGAUUACCUGCGGCAAGCAGAAGAGUUGGCGCAAUUUGCCCAAUCGACGGAGGUGGACACUCACUCGAAGAGUUUUGGACGCGAUGUGGUGAACACUGUCGAGGUUGCGCAGGAAUUCAAGGACAAACACAAAUCAAGACCGUCGCUACCACGCAACGACACCCGGACUUGUUUCAAAUGUGGAGAAGUGGGUCACUGA